AUAAACCCAGUUAUCUUAGAUUUAGGCACACAUCAAGCCCUAGUGCUUAGCGUGAAGUACCGUGCCAAAUUUUAAAAAUAACAUCUAACAAAAUGAUUGCUAAGGUCAUUGUUGCUUGUGCUCUCCUGAGCGUUGUCCGUGGUGGUUUGAUCGCGAGUCCCCACGGGGCUGCUAUCUCCUCCCAAAGCAUAGUGCUGGGCCAUGCCGCUCCUGCAUACGCCAGAGCUUACGCCGCUCCAGCGAUCGCUGCACCAGCCUAUGGAUUGGGAUUGGGUGGAUUAGGUGGACUAGGUGGACUAGGGCACGGCGUGGUAGCUCACGCGGCUCCGCUGCUGCACGCGGCCCCCGUCGCCCACGCCGCCCCUGUUGAAAUUUAUUCUCACCCUAGCUACCAGUUCAACUAUGGAGUAACUGACGCUCACACCGGCGACCAGAAGAACCAGUGGGAGGCCCGCGACGGUGAUGUUGUGAAGGGACAAUACUCUCUGGUUGAGCCCGACGGCACCGUGCGCACCGUCGACUACACCGCUGAUGACCACAAUGGUUUCAACGCAGUGGUACGCAGACAAGGUCACGCUGCACACCCCGCUACCGCGCACGCGGUGGUCGCCGCGCCCGCUUACGGCCAUGGCCAUCUCCUCGGCUAGAGGGUUCAUCAGCUUCUCUAGUAAUCACCAACAACGACGAUUAUUUAUUACUUGCGUAUAUUGUACUUAGGUUAAGCACGGACGGAAUGCUACAACGAAACUAGGAGGCUUCGUGGUUAUGGUUUAAAAAAGGGCUGCGCAUUGGUAUGCAUUGAAAGCAUUGAUUUGCUUAGAGGCUAUACGUUUCAUAAGGUGUAUCCAUACUGGGACUUCGAAGCCCAAACUUUAAGACAUUUUUGCCAUCAGUAUCUAUUUUGAAAGGUAUAAACUCUCGCUUUUGUAUUAUAAUUUCUUUUAGUUUGUAAGUUCCGCGCAUUCAUAUUUAUACUUUUAUUAUAAAAGUAUUUUAGGUGUAUGCAUUUUAUGAAACGUAAAACAUAAUGCCUACUAUGGUGCUGUUCAAAGACUUCUAUUUUUGCUGCUAAAACGAAUGUAAAUUAAUAUAUUGUUACUUUCAUAA